AACAAGCAUGCAUUGCGACACCAACCUUGUUGAAUAUAUCUGAUUGGAGUUUUACUGUAAACCAUAUUGACAGAAUAAUAACUAACGGCUCUUGGGGAGUUAAGGACAUACAUGCGUGUAUUCCCUAUUUGGUGUGAUGAAUUUAGCCCUCUCCACUGAUGGUGUUGUAUUUUGUAGGCCAUUAACAACCGCUGAUUUAGUAUAGAGACUGAAAUUACAUCGGACGUAAUGGAGAACUCAUUAAACGAAUCAGCAGAGAUAACCAAAGUUAACAGUACACCGGUGCCUACUGUGUAUGGAUUUCCCAUGAGUACGUGGGAUGAUGCGACAUGGACCUUAACUAGUGCGUUCAUUAUAUUUACGAUGCAAUCUGGAUUCGGCCUUUUGGAAUCGGGUUCCGUGUCUCAGAAAAAUGAAGUCAACAUCAUGGUGAAAAAUGCAGUUGAUGUUUUAUUCGGUGGAAUUUCUUACUGGAUGUUCGGCUACGGAUUGUGUUUUGGAGUUAAUAAAGGCAGUAACGCGUUUGUUGGCGUUGGCUAUUUCUUUGUAGAUGCUGAUAUGGACGAUGAAACCAUAGGACAUCUAUUCGCACACUUUUUUUUUCAAGCAUCGUUUGCCACUACAGCAACGACUAUUGUGAGUGGGUCGCUUGCAGAGCGCACGAAGCUCGAGGCGUACAUAGUUUUUUCAUUUCUCAAUACAUUGGUUUAUUGCUUUCCUGCACGUUGGGUCUGGGCCAAAACUGGAUGGCUGCAUACAAAAGGUGCUGUAGACAUUGCCGGGGCUGGUGCAGUUCAUUUAGUAGGAGGGGUCACUGGACUGGUUUCGACGAUUAUGCUGAAACCAAGACUUGGUAGAUUUGAUGACGAGAGCGAUGUUAAAAACAUGGGAUCACCUACAAAUGCAUUACUUGGAAUGUUUAUGUUAUGGUGGGGGUGGCUAGGAUUCAACUGCGGGAGUACAUAUGGUAUUACUGACUAUCGUUGGAAAUUCGCUGCAAGAUCCGCCGUUGCCACUAUUACGUCAUCAGUGGCUGGGGGCACGACUGGAAUAUGUCUAAGUUAUAUAACAAAAAGGAGAACGUUCGAUGUGUCCUACAUUAUCAAUGGCGUGUUGGGAGCUCUUGUAGCUGUAACAGCGUUUUGCGCAUUAUGUCGACCUUAUGAGGGCAUCAUUAUUGGAAGUAUCGGGGCACUAAUCGCUUGCUCUGGAUCAGUGCUUAUGGAGAAACUAAAGGUGGAUGACCCAGUUGGAGUAUUUCCGGUUCAUGGCAUGAGUGCCAUAUGGAGCAUGCUCGCCGUGGGUCUGUUUGGUCGUGUUGACAAUGAAAGCAAAUUAAUCAGACACAAUGGACUAUUUAAUGGUGGCGGAUUUGAGCUUCUUGGUAUCCAGGCGCUUGGGUGCGUUUCUAUUUGUUGCUGGAGUGCAGGGUGCUCUUAUAUACUACUCCUAUUUCUCGACAUCACGAUAGGUCUGCGCAUGUCGAAACAUGAAGAAAUCCUGGGAGCUGAUUUGACAGAACAUGGCAUACGAGGUUCAUAUGAUCGAAGAACUGGUAUAUUGCGUGAUGAACAAGGAAACUUAGUUUGCGUCGUAAACAAGUUCGGGGAUGAGACUUAUUUCAAAGAAUUAAAAGAAAUAGUAAAAGAACUUCACGGUGGUGGUACUUUGUACAGUGAUGAAGGACAAAGGGGGUUUUUAGAUCGACGUCGCUCAAUUUUCGGCUUUUCGCGAUCGUUUCGACGACCUAGACUAUCCUCUCUCCAGAGUCUUCAAAGUAGUUAUCGACGGAGUCGGCGAAGCGGACUAAUCAAUGCAGAUAUAACCAAUCAAAGAGACAUUAUUUUCGAAAAUGUUCACCAAACAGCUUCAGAUAGCCAAGAGAUAUUCUCAAUCGAUGCAACAUUGAGGGCGAAUAAUGAGAGAAUUGUCGAACAGCAAGAUGUUGAGGAAAAUGAACUUCAUCGAAUUGACAGCUUCGGUCGAUCAAAUGGAAGCAAUGAUUCAGGUGUUGUAAUUUGACAAGCCACUGUUUGCUUAAACUCAUUGGUUUUGAGUGUGUUCUUUAUGCAAAUGAUAACUUAUGAUAACUUAUGUAUAGGCUAUUCAGGGCAGUGGCAUUUGAUGUUCACUCUUAAAUAUUUCGCCGUUCAGCAAUAUUGAGGUCAGCAACUUUAUGCCAUGUUAUGUACCGGUACUUAGAUUAAAUUACUAGUAGAUAGUGUAUGUAACACAAUAAACAUUACUUUUCUUCACUUCAGUGGCGUAUCUGGAGAGGGGACUCGAAGGUUGCGUAAGAAGGCUCGACACUGAGCCACAUAACAAUAAACAAAGGUAGUGCGUUGAAUUCUUGUGACAGCAGGAAUUUUUCUGACGACAAGAAAAAAUAUAUAUAAAAUAAAAAAUAUAAAAGAACUCCAUCCCUAAGCAUCAUACAGAGAAUUGGUCUAUAAUAAAGCAUCGUGCGUCAUAAUAUAAUUAUGUAUAAUUAUACACGAUUUAGGAAUUUUACUCUCAUAAUCUGUAAAAAUUACAUAUUUUUUAUACUCUCUUCUUUUGUUAUACUCUCUUCUUCUGUUAUUGUAAUUGAAUUGAACUUAAAAAAGCUAUUAUAUAGUGAGUUGAAAAUAUCCAAAAAUGUUUGUUUCAUAAGUAUUUCAAUCACAUUUCACUUAAAAUCACUACUUACUUGUACAAAUAUUAAAAGAACUAUAAUAGG